CGGGCAUGGAGCUGCUGCCCCGCAGCCCCAGGGAGUUCGGUUCUGCCCGGUACUGGGAUCGGUUCUUCCGGCAGCGCGGGCAGCGCUCCUUCGAGUGGUACGGGGCUUUCCCCGAGCUCUGCCCCGUCCUGCGCAAGUAUGUCCGGCCACGCGAUAAGGUUCUGGUGGUGGGCUGUGGGAACUCGGAACUGAGUGAGCAGAUGUAUGAUGUGGGGAUGUGCGAGGACAUUGUGAACAUCGACAUCAACAGUGCAGUAAUCCAUCAAAUGCAAGAGCGGAGCAGGAGCAAGAGGCCGAAGAUGAGCUAUCUGCUGAUGGAUGUGCUUCAGAUGAACUUUCCUGAUGCUCACUUUCAUGUGGUCCUGGACAAAGGCACUCUGGAUACUGUCCUCACUGAUGAAGAGGAGGCCACUCUAACUAAGGUGGAUAAGAUGUUUGGUGAGAUCAACCGGGUCUUGCAGGUAGGAGGGCGCUACCUCUGUGUUUCCUUGGCUCAAGCCCAUGUGCUGAAGAAAGCAGUGGAAUACUUCUCCCAGGAAGGCUGGGUUGUGCGUGUCCAUCAGGUGGCUGACAGUGGGGACAAGCAGCAGUUUGUCCUACCAGUCUUCAUCUACAUCAUGACGAAGUUCAGGAAGAUCACUGGCUCGGCACCACAGAUCCUGGAGAUAUGCUCUGAGGAGCAGGACAAGCCCAUGCGGCUGGAGAGUGUGGAGCGGCUGGUGGCAGCAGUGAAGGACAGGCAGCAUUAUGCCCUGCUCUGCAGCCAGCUGAGCAAAACACCUUGUGAGGAGCAGGUUUCCGUGGAUCUGUGUGACAGAGAGAGCGGGAGGCCUCGCUACACGCUGCAUGUGGUUGACAGCUCCUCAGUGAAACCUUCCCAGGACAAUUCCUUCGCCAUCUUCAUCAUCCCACAGGGCAGAGAAACGGAGUGGCUCUUUGGGACAGAGGAAGGGCGGAGGCAGCUGGCCACCAGCGCAGGCUUUGGACGCCUGGUCACAGUGGCCCUGCACAGGGAGCAGCACUACGAGGGCAUGGCCAGCAUCCAGUCGGAGCUAUCAGGAAAAGUGAUGGAACUGGCCCCUCCGGGCCUCCCUGCCCGGCAGCAGGUGCCCUUUUUGUCUGUGGGAGGGGACAUUGGGGUGCGGACAUUGCGGCACUGUGACACCAGCCCCCUGAGUGGGGAGUAUGUUGUGGAGGAUGUGAAGGGGGAUGGCACUUGCUACUUCCGUCGCCUCAUCUUCCUCAGCAAUAGGAACGUGGUCCAGUCGGAGGCUCGGCUCCUGGCCCGCACCCCUCUCCCAGGCCAGAAGAAACGGAGGAAGGACAAGAAGAAGCCCAGCCUUGCUGAGCCACCUGGAGCCAUUGACAAGAGCUACCUGUGCUGCGAGCACCACAAAGCCAUGGUUGCAGGGCUCUGCCUGCUGGGGGGCCCUGACCCCCUUUCAGGAGCCCUGCUGGCAGUGCUGGUGGUGGGGCUUGGAGGGGGCAGCCUGCCCCUCUUCAUCCAUGACUACUUCUCGCAGGCCUGUGUGGCCGUGGUGGAGAUUGACCCCUCCAUGCUGGAGGUGGCCACGCGUUGGUUCGGCUUCUCCCAGGAUGACCGGAUGCGGGUGCACGUCUCUGAUGGCCUGGACUAUGUGACCAAGCUGGCAGCUGAAGCCUCAGCCCAGUACGAUGCCAUCAUGUUUGAUGUGGACAGCAAAGACCUCACAGUGGGGAUGAGCUGCCCGCCCCCAGCCUUUGUGGAAAAGCACUUUCUGCAGAAGGUUAAAGCCAUCCUCAAGCCAGAAGGAGUCUUCGUGCUCAACUUGGUGUGCCGCGACGCCCAGCUGAAGGAGUCAGUCCUGGCCACCCUCAGGGAGGUCUUCCCGCUGCUCUACGUGCGGCGCAUUGAAGGGGAGGUCAAUGAGAUCUUGUUCUGCCAGCUCAGCCCUGAGAGCCAGUGGGACCCCCCAGAGCUGGGGGCACGUGCCCGGCUGCUGGAGGGGUCUCUGCGGCAGCCUGGGCGCCCCUGGGACAGCUCAUACGUGCUGGCAGACAUGCUGCAGGCUGUCAAGAUCCUCUGAGAGGGGCUGUGAUGGCACUUGAACGGGAGAGUCCUCACUUGGGUGUUGUGGCCCCGUAGCAGAGGGGUGCCCAUGGCUGGGACUGCUGCCCCCAGUGGGUUUCUGCUGGCCUAGGUGUAUCUGAAGGAUGUGACUGGCAUAGGGAGGCGCUCCUUGGGAAGGGAUCCAGGACCCUGGAAGGCUGUGCAGCCCAAGGGGCAGUGUUGGGGUGGUGAGAAGAAGGUGCUGCAGGACUGUGGGUUUGGGUCUACCCCUAUAGUUUUUCCACUGUGGGGGAAAAUGUCCCUCUGACUGUUCCCUUCCCCUCCAGCACAGCUGCUUCCCUCCGAUGCUGCCUUGCCUCAUCCUCAGCAUCCCUGGUCACUAGUGUUUGUUCAGAGCCCUCAGCCCUGCCCUAAGCCUGGUUGUUAAUGUGUGUGGGUGCAGUGGGAGUGGUGAAAAUAAAAGUGCUUAGGGCUGCUUCAAGGCCCUCAGUGCUUUGCUAGGCUUA